GAGCAGAGAGACAGAAGGCAGUUUGCGGUGGACAGGGGAGAAUUUCACAUUCUUCAUCUCAACUUUGCCCGUCGCAGUCACAUAGCUGUGUGUCACUGGCACACGCUCUCUUAUUUUUUUGAUUGUCAUUCUUCCUGUUCAAACACUUAGCUUCUCUUACUGUCUUUCUGCAGCCUAUCUCUUCUCAUCUUUCCCACUUUUAUUUUUACCCUUUCAUUCUAUAUCAGACGUCCGGCUUCAUUUACAUAUUUUAUUUGCCUAACCUAAUGAAAUUUGGUGGUACCAGAUGGACUCAAAGCAUCACGGACCUCGACCUCUAAAACCCACAAGUCCGGCCAUGCCUUUCGUAAGUUGGCCCCACACAAAUGGAUGUGGAGGCCCGGGUCGGAUGCUGCUACGCGAGAUGAUUUGGCAGCUGGAGCAAAGAGUACUUCAAAUUCAAGAGGAGGAGUUUCAGUACUGUAUCUCCCGUGGCAUUUUGGGAUACCGUCACCCCCCAGCAUACCCAAGCCUGCUUGCCCUCAUACCCGCCUCCGAACACCGCCAGCUAGAGCGGCUCUGUGGCCGCAUCCCACCCUCACACACCGCCGUCGUACUGUCCAGACUCCAUGAUCUCAUGGCCCACAAUGACAUCCCUCCCUGGGAACUGGUGGGUGUCUUCAAGCAAGUUCUUAGAGACUUCCUGAGGAGACAGGAAGACGGCAUGCAAAGACGUCCAGCCCCUUCAGCUCCACCAACAAUUCUUUCUGCUUCCAGUCCACCUACAGAGAGUAAUGACAGAAAUCACAUAGCUGGAAAUGCAUCUAGUUCUUUAUCAGAGGAGUCAGGGAAGCACAGGGAGGAAAUCCCCACGAUUUCUAGUUAUGUGGAUAAACAUUUGCGUGCCUCCUGCCCUUACUCUAUCCACAGAGAUUGGAGUCUGCCCUUCUGCCAUCCUUUUGCUUACGAGGCCUACAGCACCACAUUGUGAGACACUUAAUUGUAAAAGUCCAACAUGUUCUCAAAGCAAUUCCUAACAGUUUUAUGUUUUAGCAAAUUGGUGGCUAAUUUGUUGUCUCGUUUCUCAUUUAUAUGUUUUUGUAUGAUCCGCUUGCAUCCAGCUGAUUGUUAGUAUCAUGCAUUAAAAUCAUGCAUUUUCAUACAAAUCUCACCCUACAAAUGCUUAUGAAAUCUCCACCUCUUAAAUAAUUGUUUCCUCAUGAGAAAAGUCCAUGCAGCUAUUUUUCUGUGUGUUUCCUGUUUAGACUGAUUAAAAGUCAUGAUCUAUGUGAUGUUAAAAUUUGGAAGAUGAGCCAUAAUCUUUUAAUAAUCAAUCAAUGA